AGACUGAGAAAGAGAGGUAUGGUGGGAGAGGGAGGACAUAGGACCACGAUGCGCAGAGGAGAAGCUGUGACUGGAGAUUGUUAGAGGGGCUGGGGAGCUGCGGUCAGAAAACAGGCGAGCUUUGGGUCUCGGUUGGUUUUCAGUAGGGUGUCUGGAGCUGGUUGCUCUUGAGUUAAGUGGACAGUCUGAGGGCACCACAGCCACGUAGGGAUCCUAAGAAGUGGGUGAGGUCUGGGGGUGUGACGGGUGGGCAGCCCAGCAGGGCUAUGAAGUCCCAACACUCCCCAGAGAACGCAGCCAGGGAGAGGAGCCGUGUACGUAACCUCCGCCAGGCAUUCCACAGCCUGCAGGCAGCCCUGCCCUCCGUCCCCCGUGACACCAAGCUCUCCAAGCUGGACGUCCUGGUCCUGGCCACUGACUACAUCGCCCACCUUACUGAGACCCUGGACCAGGGCGGGGCUCUCUCUGAACUCACAGUGCCCCCCAGGGCAGGGGGCUACCUCCACCCAGUCAAGAAGUGGCCGAUGCGCUCCUUGCUGUACUGUGGGAGUGUGGGAGCACUGCUGUCAGCCAAUCAGAAGCCAGCGUCAGGGGAGGAGGAAACACAUCCACUGACCCCUACCCCAGAGGUCGACAUGGACCAAUCCGUUUAGGACUAGGAGCGUUGAAAUACAAUAUAUCCAACUGUGAUGCUUAUGAAACUGCAGCGAAUGGCAAAGUAAUGUAUGUGCUAAACACGGAAACACCUAGAACAAUGUCAAGAUUGAAAUCAAAUACACCAAAAUCAAAGGAUCGCUUUGAUUAGCACAUUAAAUCACUAAUUUAUUACAGAAGCAUAAAUCACUACUUGAGAAAAGUGUGUGAAAUAUUUGUUAGGGACAGAUCUAAAAUUUACUGGGGGAGGGGCUGGUCCAACUCAAUGUGUCAAAAAAUAAAUGCACCUUCUCCCAAACAUAAAACAAUAUUUUCACAUGACCCUCCCAUUGUACUGAAAAAUAAAUUGAACACCCUCCCCUCUCGUCGAAUUAACUCUAAAUGAUUAAUACGACCACAAAUAAUAACGGUUUAUAAACGGGGAUGUCGAUUGUGCCACUUUAGCAUGCUUUUGUGGCACAGUCGAUGCCAUGCAGGACUACGGGCCAGAAGGUUGAGGUAGUGUUUCCUUACACUCCGAUCAGAGCUGGCUGCAGACAAUGAUCAGCUAGGGGGAAAUCAGAUUUUCAACAUUUUGAUGAGGUAGUUAUAAUUAUAUAAAAUAUAUGCUACGAAUUUUCCACCAACAGGUUUCUGUGCCAAUGCACCACACUACCGAUAAACAAAGCAUACCGACUUCGGCCACUUCAAUAUUAGGGCUGCACACAAUUGGCCCACCGUCGUUCAGGUUUGGCCGGGGUAAGACGUCAUUGAAAAUAAGAAUUUGUUCUUAACCGACUUGCCUAGUUAAAUAAAGGUCAAAUAAAUAAAUAUCAUGGUUUCAACACAAUAAAUUGACUAGAUAAAUAUCGACAAACAGAAAAUUCCCCACAUUACCUUGUAGGCUUAUCCAGAUGGCUUGACAAUCUCCGAAUGUCAUUUAACUUUUUGGUGUUUUGUAACAGAUGUCUCUUUCCAUUCAGCAAUUGGCAGCUGCACCGUUUGGAUUGAUUGAAGGAUACAUGUUAUUUGUAAAGAUUUGAAAAGUGACCCGGAUUGCACAAUAAAGUCAGGGACUUAUUUCCAUUGUGGUUCCUAUUUUAAUUUUUUUUUUACAUUCAAGAUGAAUUAAAGUUGUUCUCCUGGAUUUGUUUAAUUUUUAGUGGUAUAGUUGUAUUGGGGGUUGGAGUGAAAGGAUGGACAGAUUAACAGAAAGGGAGGAUUGUUGUGAGAAUAUUUUGCAACCAUGCAUUCAGCUGUGGAGCCCUGAGUACUAGUCCAGAUCUGUGCUAUUUUAAUUUUGAACCCAAAUUCUUAUUUUCAAUGACGGCCUAGGAACAGUGGGUUAACUGGUCUAGGAACAGUGGGUUAACUGCCUGUUCAGGGGCAGAACGACAGAUUUGUACCUUGUCAGAUCGGGGAUUUGAACUUGCAACCUUUCGGUUACUAGUCCAACGCUCCACUAGGCUACCCUGCCGCCCUGAUAUAACGACUGCUUUAGAGUAAAAAUGUAUUCAAAGAGCAGACAAACAUUACUAAAUUGAUGUAACUAACUUUAUGUUAUGGCUUUGUUUGAGCUAUCAAACAUACAGCGAGCUCCAAAAUAAUUGGGACAGUGACACAUAAAUGGCAUUUUCAUCCAUAUCGGGUGAUUCGUUUAGAAAUUAGAGCACUUUGUCACUUUUAUUUUAAAUAAGAAUAUGUUUGUAAAUGCUUCUACAUUAAUGUAGAUGUUACCAUGAUUACAGAUAAUCCUGAAUGAAUCCUGAAUAAGUUAGACACAAAUAUCACCCCCCCCCCCCAAGACAUGCUAACCCCUCACCAUUACAAUAACAGGGGAGGUUAGCAUUUUUUGGGAAGGGUUUGAUGUGUCUAACUUUGACUCAUUAUUCACGAUUCAUUCAUGAUUAUCUGCAAUCAUGGUGGCAUCCACAUUAAUAUAGAAAUGUUCAGAAACAUAUUAUAUUCUUAUUUACAAUAAAAGUGACUCCAAAAUUACACAAUAAAUUUACCAUUCGUUUAUGUUGGGCACAAAAUAAUCUGAAACAACCCAAAUGAAAAGCAAAUGCCAACAAAUGUGUAGUCUCACAAGCUUGAUGUAAUCAUUGCGUUCUAUGAAUAUGCAAGUGCUUCUACACUUGCUGUUUGGGGUUUUAGACUGGGUUUCUGUACAGAACUUAGUGACAUCAGCUGAUGUAAGAAGGGCUUUAUAAAUACAUUUGAUUGAUUGAUUGAAUAUGGGACCAAAUACAAAACUUCUUACUACUUUAAUACACAAGUGAAUUUGUCCCAAUACUUUUGGUCCCCUAAAAUGGGGGGACUAUGUACACAAAGCUGUAAUUUCUAAGCAAUUCACCCAAUAUGGAUUAAAACAUACCUUCAAAUUAAAGCUGACAGUCUGCAUUUUAA